AUGUUUUUCACCGACUCCUUUUCUGUUGAAAUGAUCACUCUUGCGUGUCUUUUUCGUGUGUGUUUGAUUGUGUCUCUGAACAAUAUUUGUAGCAAUUGCAAGCCAUGUCCCGUAGCAAAACCAACAUUCCUUUGUGGCAACGACAAUAGAACGUAUUCAUCGUUAUGCAGAUUGGAUUAUCACAAUUGCAUACAUUCAACAUCCAUAAGAAUUGCAUGCAAAGGAUUUUGCCCAUGCAAGGAUAAUAUCAAUGAGAAACGUUUGCAACGCAUUAAUGAGCGACAAAAUGCAUUCAAUGCUAAAUACAAGAAAACCAUGGAACAACAGCAAGAGAAACAACAGCAACAAUACAAAGAGAACAGCAACAACAACAUCAUUAGCAGCAGUAAUAAUAAUGAAUUUAAUACAAUAAUGGAUGAUAAGGAUGAUAACAAUCGUCAUUACAAUCACAUCAAUUCACAAUUCACUUUCACGCCAGAAGAGAUCAAAUAUGACAACAAACAUUAUAAAUAUCUCAAGUAUACAGCUUAUAAAAAGGACAAUCAACAAUACCAGGAAGAUAAACACAAAAUCCGCGGCUACAAUGAAGUCAUUGAGAAACCACAGAAAUAUCUAAAGAACAACAACAUCAAUAAUGGUUACCCUUCAAAAUCGCCCGAAUGUAAACCCCAACAAUUGACCGCCAUCGGUAAUCGUCUCCUGGAUUGGUUCUCUGUCAUUAUGGCUGAUAGUAAGAAACGUCGUCAGCAUAGUCAAAAAUCAAAGGCCCACUUCCCACCCGCCUGUAAGGCCGAAGCCAAAUGGAUGUUUGGCCAUUUGGAUUUAAACAAUGAUGGUUUCUUGUCGCUGCAGGAAAUGUACGAUUUAGAACAUGAUCAGAAUGAACGUUGCAUUAAACCCUUCAUUGAUACCUGCGAUUUGGAUCAGGAUAAUUCAAUAAAUACCCGAGAAUGGUGUCGUUGUUUUGAGAAAACAGAUCGUCCCUGUGCCGCUGUAAGACGAAGAAUUGCUGGCGAUUUUGCAGGAGCUUAUGCACCCGAUUGCGAUGUACAAGGUUUCUAUAAGCCCACACAGUGUCAUAAUUCGGUCGGUGUCUGCUGGUGUGUCGAUAAACAUGGCGUUGAAUUCGCCAAUACACGUACUCGAGGAAAACCUAAUUGUGAAUCUGUGGUCAAUAAUGCCUCAUCUUUAACAUCCGACGAUGAAGAUGAAGAAACAGAUGACGAAGACAGUGCGGAGGGCAGUGGCGAUCAAAUAAUGGUAUUUUAAAUUUAGAACUAAACAAAAAACACAACAACAAAGAUUUAUACAAAAAAAAGAAGGAAAAUAAUACCAAAACAAAAAAAAAAGAAAAU